UUAUGGGUACUAUACAUGAGGUAUACAAUGAACAUGGAUCAUUGUUAUAAAGUACAUUACAUGUUCUCAAUACAAUAAUUAAUUAUCACUUUGUGGCACCAAUGAUACAGAUGGCAAUCAGUGAUACAUAUGUAUCAUAAUAUAUUAUUUACAAUAUAUACUAUUCACAACAAACUAUUCAGAACUGGUGUCUGCCACAAUGGUAAUAAUAAUAAUGAGAGAAUGAUGUAUGAGUAUAGAUUAUAUAGGCAAUGUCAGAUCAUAUUAUUACUUACUAGCAUGUGACAUUAUUUAGAGCUUACCAAAAGAAGUGCAAGUGAUAAAUGACAUUGGUCAGUGUGCAAAUUAGGCUGUUUACAUGGUCUUGAAUUGAACAAAAUAUAAUCACCCCAAAAAAUCACCCCUGACAAAAUAAGUUGAAUAGACCCUCAUGAAAAAAAUGAAUUUCGUUUACGUCUGAUUAUGUUUCAACCUAUGGGUAAUUAUGUAAUUAUCUAUACAUUGCAGGUUGUGGGCCAUCACCUUGUCCACUUUUAACUGAAACAGCAGAAGUCGUGUGGGACAUACUUGGGAAGGACAAUGUGUCCAUAUCAGGAAUACCAGAUUCAAUGGACUCAACUCUACUGCAGAUAAAUGAGUCUACUCAGUCAAGUGAUGCCAUGUCAAUUUUAGACAUCCAGGCACUGACAGCAGUGGGAGGGUGCCUGGAAAUGGUCACCAGUGUGGCAGAUGUGGUGGUUACUCCAAGCAAUCCGAGUGAUGCAGCAGUUCCCACUGUCAAGGCCAUACACACAGUCACUGAGGCACCAAGUAGUGGAAGAUGUGCUCCCCCAGCAAGGAGAUCCAAUCUUGAACCAUGCCUUGAAUGUGAUGAACUGUAUCAUAAGAAGAUGAAAUUAGAAAUUGAGGUUCUUGAACUAAAAAAGAAAAUGAUGGAACACAAACUAAAGAAAUUUAUGGAAGAGUAGAAGACUGCUCAUGCUUCUCAAAAUGUACAUAUUUCUUAAAAGCUGGCCAAAAUACUUGUAACAAUAUGGUUCUUGCAAAUAUUUUCUUAAAGUCAACAAAUCUACUUCAUUAAACAUGGUUCAAGCCUAA